CCGUUGUUGGCCUUUUAUACAGCAGGAAGCUCUCAUUCUCGAGAAAUUAUUGCAAAACAAUUAUACACUUAUCCCCCAUUUUUUAUUCAUCUGAAAUUACAAUAAUAAACAAAAUAAUGCGCUUCGUGGUGUGAAAUAUGAAAAAUGGUGGCAGUUCCAGUGUGGGUAGUGUAGUGACAGUCAUAACCUGACUGACAUAUCUUUCAUUUUGGAUACCAAUUAAAAAUCGUCAAAAUGACCGAUUCAUUAGCCAGAAGUUUUGCUUCUGAAGAGUUCAAUCCUGACAAAUUUGUCAAAGAACUCAGUGCUCAGUGUGUGGGGGCUGAUGAGCUUCGCAAGCAACGAGCAAGGAUCCAGGAAUUAGCUGAUGACACGUCAGCCCAGCUCAAGCGAAAUGUCUACCAGAAUUACAUGCAGUUUAUCGAGACUGCCAAGGAGAUAUCCCAUCUCGAGAGUGAGAUGUACCAGUUGUCGCAGCUUCUUGGGGAGCAGAGAUCCCUCCUGAGCACCGUGGGCUCCAGUAGAACCACUGGACCAAUUUUCGAUGAGGCUCUGGAGUCCCAGCAGGUGAAUGACAACGACAACACUCACAUGUCAAAGGAGGAAGAACAGAAACAGAAGCUUGUGCAACUUCUGGAGAACGUUGAGGGUGCGAUGAGCCUAGUGGAGACCCCAGGACGGAUCUGCCUCCAUGAGGGCUCCCUCCUAGAGCUUGAUCCCCUUGAUGGCACACCUCUGAAGCGAAUCCACGCGUAUCUUUUCAAUGAUGUCCUCAUGAUCGCCUCGUGGCUAGCGACAGGAGGUCGUCGAGGACCCCCUCGGUACAAGAUGCAAGCUGUCUACAAUCUUCAGAGUCUUGCGAUCGUCAACGUUCGAGAUCUGGGUUCUGUUAAACUUGCCUUCAAGCUCCUCGCCUUUCCUGACACUCGUGUCUUUCAGUGUCCCACUGCCACCAGCAAGAAGGAGUGGCUGGACAAAUGUGAACAGACUAAACGAGCUCGUUUGAAUCAGGAGAACGCACAACCAUCAGACUCUAAUGCACAAGAACCCCCUAAGGACUCUACGAUAGUCCCUUCGAGAUCACUCUCUUUGGACUCUAAUACUCCUAUGGACGAUGGGGAUGAGUCUGAGAGCCUCGAGCCUCUCCCGGAGUGGCUUCUUGAGGUUACUGAAGAUCUGGACUCUUGCAUGGCUCAACGACAUUUUGAAGAAGCUUAUGCUCUCUUGGAAAAAGCGAAAAAUUACCUCAAGGAUGCACAGCAAACACUUAGCUUGACCGACAUCAAGACUAAAGUGGAAGAUCGUGGAGGUCGUCUAGUGGAUAUUCUCACUCGCGAACUAGAACUGAGCGCUGAAGCAAAAUCCUUACAAGGAGGGGGCCUCAGAUCUGCUCGUCGUGCAGUGAGACUCCUAAUCCAACUGGAUAGGAGUGCUCAAGCCUGUCAGCUCUACCUCCAGCUCUGCAAUGCUGCCUUAAAAGCCAGACUGAAGCGUGUGAAACGAGAGGGGGCAACGACCCCCUACGUCAAGCAGCUCAGUGCAAUAGCAUUCAGUAACAUCGUGGAAAUGGCGAGGGAAUUUCUCAAACUCUUCCCAGAGUCCACCAACUGCACAUCAAGCCUCGUCGUCUGGUGCAGUCAGGAGGUCAAACAUUUGACUUCGCACUUGAUUAAACAACUGUUCAUUCCACAAGUAAUUCUCGGGACUCUGGUGGAGUGCAUUGGGACUAUGAGGGCCCACUGUGAUCAGCUGACUCAGCUGGGCAUGGAUCUGAGGUAUCAGCUGGACGGACAGCUGAGGAUUCCCCUGGUCAGAGCUUUACAAGACGCUGGUGAGAAGUACCUCGAUGCUGUCAAAGUUAGGGCUGGCGAGGAUACCUGGAGACCUUCGAAUCUUCAGAAUCCCCAAAAUCUUCAUAAACUGAUGACUGAGCUUUACGAUCAGGGUAUUCCUGUUCCCAAGGGGUGUCUCACUGGCGACUGUUGGAUAUCACUGACCAGCAACACCAUCGCCUUUGCCAGAUUGUACGUGGGAUUAUUGGAGGAUUGCCUCAGUGUUGCCACUCCAGAGUUGAUUUAUACUAUUGAUAAUGUUCUUGCUCUGGUCAUGAAGGCUCAGGUGCAACAUCUGGUUGCUUCGUUAAAUAAUAUUAACUUGAAGCAGGAGAGAAAAUUAGUCCAGGACAACGCAGUUUAUGUUCGUGAUAUUAUUAUCGAACGGGGUUUGGAGCUCUACAAGAGUACAACAGGGAAGGAAUUUAGCAAAUUUAUCGAACUUAAACAACAGAUCGUAUUCGAUCCAGUUCCUGCUAGUAAGCCGAAGCCAGCGCCGAGGACUUCAGUUCAAAAAUAUUCAGCUACCGAAUACUUGUGAUUAUUCAAUCGAUCAUCACCAUUGACUACUUAAAAAUUGUAACAUACUUGUAAAUAUAUUGAACAAUGAAAUUAUUCAAUUAA